GUGAACGGCACUAGAAUGAACCUGCCUGUAUUUAUUGACAAGAAGAUCAGUAUUCAAAGCAGUGGUGGAUAUGUUCUCUUGGAAACUGACUUUGGACUGUGGGUGAGAUAUGAUGGAAAUCACUAUGCAGAAGUCUCUGUGCCCUCUAAUUACAGUGGUCUGCUCUGUGGCCUCUGUGGUAACUAUAAUGGUGAUCCAAAUGAUGACAACAUAAAGCCCAAUGGUGACACUGCAAGUGGUUCCACUGAUCUUGGACAAAGCUGGCUUGUGCCUGAAAUUAACACCACAUGUUCCAGUGGGACAGAAGAGCAAUGUGAUCCUGUGCUGGAGAGUGAAGCAAAGAAGAAUACAACAUGUGGCAUGAUCACAGACCCAACAGGAAUCUUCAAGGAUUGUCAUAUCAAAGUGCCUCCAGAGAAUUUCUUUGAAAACUGUGUUUACGACAUGUGUUCCACCGGUGGACAGGCAACAUCCUUAUGCUAUGGACUGCAGGCCUAUGCCGAGUCCUGUACCAAUGCUGGGAUAUGCAUAGAGUGGAGGAAUGCUGCUCUUUGCCCAAUGCCCUGUCCUGGAGGCAGCAUCUACAAGAGCUGUGGUACUCGGUGUCCCUCUACCUGUUUGAACAUGUCAGCAGUUGAUUCCUGCAGUUCCUUACCAGUGGAAGGUUGCUUCUGUAAGGAAGGCUAUGUUUUGAGUGGAGACAAAUGUGUGCCAGAAAGCAGCUGUGGUUGUGUUGAUGAAAAAAACCAGUACCACCAGCUGGAUGAAAGCUGGUUCACCAGUUAUCCCUGCACUGAACGCUGCACCUGCAAAGCUGGUAACAUCAUUGCAUGCACGUCCUGGGAGUGUGGUGCUCGAGAGGAAUGCAGUAUUAAGGAUGGUGUGCUGGGCUGUCAUUCCAAUGGCCAAGCAACAUGUCAAGUGGUAGGAGAUCCCCAUUAUUUCACUUUUGAUGGAAUGAUGUACACUUUCGUGGGUACCUGCACCUACACCUUGGUUGAGGUUGUGAACACCAACAGUGUCAUUCCUAUAACUAUCCUUGGCAAGAAUGAAGACAGAGGACCAAGAGGGGCCACUUACCUAAAAGAAGUCUACAUAGAUGUGUAUGGUGUACGAAUUACCCUUCAAAAAAGCCAAGGAAUCCUGCUGAACAAUGAGAGAGUCUACACUCCAGUGGAGAACCGGUUGCGAGGCCUGUCCAUUGGAACCGUUGGCAGAUUUAUAGUAAUGGAAACUGACUUUGGAGUGAUAGUGAAAUAUGAUGGCAACCACCAUCUGGAAAUCACCCUCCCACAGUCUUAUUUCUCAAAGAUACAUGGCAUGUGUGGUAACUUCAAUGAUAAACGUGAAGAUGAUCUGGACUUGCCCAAUGGUACACUCGCCAGUGUCCCACAGUUUGGAAAUAGCUGGAAAGUGGAAAAAGAGAGUGAUGAAGGUUGUUUAUCAGACUCAAGAGAAGAUGAUGUUCCUUCUUGCACUGCUGAGAAUAAACCAGCUAUUGAAAGCCAGUGCAAUGUCCUAAAAUCAGACAAAUUCAAAGCAUGUCAUAAUCUAGUCAAGCCUGAAGACUUCAUACAGAUUUGCAUCUAUGACAUGUGCCAGUACAAUGGCAUGAAGUCUACUCUUUGUGACAUCGUUCAAGUUUAUGUGGACACCUGCAGGAAUUAUGGAAUCACCAUUAAAUGGAGGAAUAGCACUUUCUGCCCAUUGCCCUGUCCAACACACAGCCAUUACAAGGACUGUGUCUCCACCUGCCCAUCAACAUGCAAUGACAUUUUUGCCUCUUCCCUUUGUGAGAAGACAGAAGAUUGUGCAGAGGGCUGUGAGUGUGAUGAUAAUUAUGUGCUCAGUAAUGGCAAGUGUGUACCUCUGAGCAAUUGUGGCUGCAGGGAUGAUGACAACAAUUACUACAGUGCUGGGGACACAUGGCUAACUCCACACUGCACCAAAAGAUGCCAGUGUCAGAACAAUGGUGUCAUCACAUGUAAGAGCUAUAGCUGUGAUUCUGAAGAAACCUGCGUGAUCAAAAAUGGAAAACACAAGUGCAAUCCAACAGGUUUUGCAAAAUGCCAGAUCAUGGGUGACCCACACUACAUCACCUUCGACGGUCUGGUGCACCACUUUCAAGGGAAAUACACAUAUAUUCUGGCUCAGACCAAGCCUGACCUACCCGAUACUCUGACGCAGUUCAGUAUCGAAGGCAUGAACUACCCGUUUCAUGGAGGUCAACACAUUACGUACCUGAAGGAGAUUCUCGUUAAUGUUUACAACCACACGGUGCGAUUCAGGCAGAACAAGCAGCUUGUGCUGGAUGGUGUGAGGGUGAGACUCCCAGCUCGUCCUCAUGAAGGUAUUCGUAUAUAUCAGAGGACAUCAAGAAUUUACCUGGAGACAGAUUUUGGCUUAUACCUGAGCUUUGACAGCAAUCAAAAUGCAGAUAUAAAGCUGGCCAACACCUACAGAAACAGAGUGGAAGGCUUGUGUGGUGACUUUGAUGGGAGAUAUAGAAAUGACUUCAGAAAUCCAGAUGGUGUUUGGGUGAAGAAUGUGAAUGUAUUUGGUGAGAGCUGGAAAGUUCCUCUGAAAAGAACAACCUCCCGUCUCAGACGAGAUAUCAACUCAAAAGUUGAGCCUGAGGAGGAACCAGAUCCUGGGCUCUUCCAAGGCUGCAAUGAAAAUCAGCUGGGGCAAGAAAACAAAACUUCGAGAUGUCAAAUCCUGACUGACUCGAAAGGUCCUUUUGUAAAGUGUCAUUCUAUGGUCUCACCAGAUUUCUAUUUCACGAGCUGCCUGUUUGAUAUGUGUGUGGAAGGAGAUGAGGAUGCCACCUUAUGUCGCAGUCUGGAGGAAUACGUGCUGGCUUGUCAGCAGCAAGGCGUCCAAAUGGAAGGCUGGAGGCAACAAACAGUUUGUGGUAUAUCAUGUCCUGCCAACAGCAACUACAGCUCAUGCAUGUCUGCAUGCCCAGCAUCCUGCAACGACUUGACCAGCCCCUCUGAGUGCGAAUCACUUUGCGUUGAAGGCUGUCAAUGUCUCCCUGGCUAUGUUCUUAGCGGUUUUGACUGCGUGCCUUACAGACUGUGUGGCUGCACGUACCUUAACAAAUACUACGAGAUUGGGGAAAUAUUCACCACUGAUGACUGCUCUCAGAGAUGUCAGUGCACAGAAAGCUCCACUGUCUCCUGCUCUAACAUAGUGUGUGGAUCCGAUGAAAUCUGUGGCAUUUCAAACUACAGUCGUGGAUGCUACAGGAGUGGACCAUGUAUGCCAAAUCCCUGUAAAAAUGAUGGCGUUUGCUCUGAAAAUACCACCAGCACCUCCCUCCGCUUUAACUGCGAAUGUUCAGAACUGUACACAGGACCAAGCUGCGAGGUUGAAAAAAUAGUUGAAGACCCGGUCGUUACAGAGAAUCCUGAGGACCACACAGUUGCCAUCACUGUUGGAGUUGUGGCAGGUGUAGCUGCUAUCGCCAUUCUUGUCUCCUCUGCAGUGUACCUGUACAG